AUGCCUCCCUGGUUUUAUCGUCGUUCAAUUUCUACUGAUGAAACCAGACAAAUUGCUGCCUCGCACUAUGGAGACAUCAUUGUCAAUCGAUGGAAGAAGAAGAGCCAAGACAAACGUCAAUCGUUGCUACUUGAAGCCAUUCCAAAUCUUUGCGAGAAGAGGUGGAUCAUCCCUCGACAUGGUUUCACUCCUGAAGGUAAGCAAUUUCCACCCAUAAAUAUCGAUGGACAAAUGGAACUACGCUUGCUAGAAAUCUAUCAUCAACUCCUCUUGCAUUGGUUGAGUUCGGAAGUCCUCAAGACAAACCCCGCUGUACUUUUUGCAUUGUUGUACAAUCGAACGGUAUAUGCUCCUCAGGACUGGGCGUCAUUUGAUUCGCGACAGCUCAACAGCUCUUUUCUUUUCAGACACUUCGAUGUUGACUUUUCAGCCACAUGUAUUGUGAUGUAUGGUCUCGGGUACAGGCAGGUGGUGGACUGGAAAGCUGGUCCGGGACACAGAGCGGAUAUUCUUGGGUUCCCUAAGGCACAUCUUGUUCUCGAGGCUCAAGCUCAUCUGAUGGUUUCAAUUCGGAGGGUUGUUGACAGCAUACUUCAAGGAAUAGAUGAGAGUACACCAGUUGCAGCAGAAAAUAGUGUCGUGGAAUUGUGGUCACCCUACACCAAUCAAGCAUUCUCAUCGCCUCCAUCGUUUUCUCUCGCCAAUCUGAUCUCUUUGGCUCAAACACGAUUAGAAGCAACCAUUGAUCAUCUUUGGCUAUCGCAGACAGAGCCGGCAUACAUGAAACGAUAUAUUCUGGACAUGUGCCAUGGAGGUGCUUACGAGUUAACUAAAGAUAUGGGGCUGGAUGGCUGGUUGUACAGGGAAUCACUGAAGCCAUCAAGUCUUGCUGGAGAUCGAUUUCGAGACAAUGUUGCACAAGGCGAAGAUCUUCCAUCUAAGUAUGAUAAGGCAUUGGGUGCACUAGAACUCUUGGUAUGGAAUGAUAUCAACCGUCGUUGCGGUCUCCUUGGAAGGACAACCCCACAGAGACCGGGAUUUUCUGACAUUUAUACGACAACUAAGAAAUUCCAAGAACAAGGGCCUGAUAUCCUCGAAGUGAACAGGAAAAGCGGCUUGCUUUCUGAUUUAAAAUAUACAUUUGAAAAUGAGCUUUUAGAUUAUUGCUUAGCAAACUUGCAGAUCAAAGCUGACAUACAACAAAAGCCAAACACAUGGCCAAAAGUAACCAUAGAUCACACACUGUUAUUCUCUAUUUUAGACAAUCACCUGGCUAAGAGUAAUAUCAAAGAAAAGUCUCGUCUAUAUGAGGUCUCAUCAAAUCUCCUCUCAGAUCUAGCAGCUUCUCGUGAAAUGUUCCCUCACUGGUUGGAAGGAAAUGGCUUGGUUGAAUCAUUCUCAAAACAUCAGGAAAGCACUGGAGGCAUUUUGGCAGGGCAUCAGGAAGGAAAGUGCGAUGGUUUGGAAGCAGAAUGGUUUUACCGAAGACGAGUUAGCUCAAGAGCUUGA